AUGGAGGGUGCAUUGUAUGAGCACAGUGCCGUGACUCUUUCUAACACUUUCAACACAUUCAGAGCAGUGGGAACACAACGGUUUUGUGGCAAUGGGGAGGCGGAGGUAUCAGUUCCGGACUGCGAGCACCUUGCACAACAGGAGAGAGGGGCAGAAGAUUUCGGGAUGCAGCCUCCACCUAGAAAAGUAAAAGCCACCCAAGAGGUUAAGGUGCGCUUUGGAGAGCAGCUAUCUAGCCUCCAGAACAAACAGCUUCAGGACACUGAGCUUCUGGAAGAUAUCAGGUCAUUCUGCAAACAGAGAGCAGCGAUUGAAAAAGAGUAUGGGCAGGCACUGCAGAGGCUGGCUAGUCAGUACCUUAAAAGAGACUGGCAUCGUGGGAAAAAUGAGACCAGUGAAUGCAGGAGUGUGUAUUCAGUAUGGAGGUCCGUGGUAGAAGGCACAGCUUCAAUUGGACAGACCAGAGUCACAGGUGCUGAAAACUAUAGGAAUUUGACUUCCGAAGCUGCAAAAACAGCCAGAUCAGCAAAGGAGCUAUUGCUAAAAAAGAGCAUUGAGCAGCUACUGAAAGUCCAGAAUGAGCUCCUGGAGACAAUGAAAGAAGUAAACAAGACCAAGAAGCGUUACGUCCAACUGGAACGGGUUAGCGAGGUUGCAAAGGAGAAGGCAAUGGACACUGAGGCAAGGUUAAAGAAAAGUGAGCAUAGUAUUUUCCAUUCAAAGGCAAGCCUACAGAAGCUCAGUGCCAAGUUUUCCACACAGGUGGUUGAGUGCAAUCAGCAGCUAUCAGAGGCACGGAAUGAAUACCUUCUGGCACUAACAGCAGCAAAUGCCCAUCUCAACCAUUACUACCAAACGCACCUUCCUGAUAUCAUGACUUGUUUAGAUGGUGAUAUCUACGAUCGGCUUUGUGAUUACCUGACACUGAUCAGUAACACAGAGCUCAAUACCUGCAAGUUCACACAAGAACGAUUUAAAGACAUAUUAGUGGCUUCCCAGCAGGUAUCUCGGCAACAAAAUCUUCAGCUUUUCUUGAAAGACACCAACCUCUUCUCCCCAACUUUGAUACAAAAAUUCCAGCCUGCAGGAUCAGAUAAGAUGUCGACUCUGGAAUCACUCACCAAAGGCCCAAAUGUGGAGAGCGUGCUGGACAAGGAGGCACGAAGAUGGACAAGCAGAGCCGCAAGAGAUUAUAAGCUGAAAACCCAUGGGGAGCGGGUCCUGCAAAGGCUGGAAGCCAAAAGGGCAACUGUAUCUGAAGAUGAACUUUCCAGUAUGGAGCUAAAGACUGAGGAAGUUAAGGAAAGUGUGAGGAAAGCUGAGGUCAGUAAGGUGAAGGCUGAUGCCCGGGUGGAGCUCCUGCGUCAGGUCGGUGUAGAUGUAGACAUGUGGCUCACAGGUGCCAUGAUGCAAGCAAAUGCAGAACUUGAGCAGGAGAGAAGGAUGAGUGAAGCCAGGAUGUCAAAUGGAGAAUUGUCACCAACAAUGGAUGAAUUUGAUUUCACAGACUUUGAAGAAUGUGAUGACAAUGGUGAGAUAUUUGAAGAAUCCAGCCUGAACUUAAGUGGCUCGCGUCCAUAUCCCUUUCCUUGUCAAGUCUUGUACAGUUACCAGUCUUCACAGUCCGAUGAGCUUUCUAUUACUCAAGGUGAACAACUGGAGGUCAUUGAAGAUGGUGAUGUAGAAGAAUGGGUUAAAGCUCGUAACAAGAGCGGGCAAGUUGGCUACGUCCCAGAGAGGUACAUUACUAUCAUAAAUCAUUCUGCUGUGAACCAGAAACUUGCAAAUUGGACAGAGACAAGUCACAAGAGUGGUGCCAACAGCGAGCUUAGUGGAAUAUUGGGGAUGGACUGGGCUCAAACAGGAGUAUGCCUUGCUAGGGCUCUUUAUGAGUAUGAAGGCCAAAGUGAAGAAGAGCUGACAUUCCCAGAAGGAGCUAUCAUCCAGAUUAUUCGGAAAGAAGAGGGAGGUGUAGACGACGGGUUUUGGAAGGGAGAAUUUAACGGACGAGUGGGUGUCUUUCCAUCACUAGUAGUUGAAGAGUUAUCAGGGGAAGCCUCCGGGACAAGCGAGGAACUCCCAUCCCCAGCUCCACCAUCAUUCUUACCUCCCACGUUUGCACCUUUCUCCAACCAAACAACACAACCUCCUGCAGGAGCAGCGGCAGAUUCCUCUACAGAUCCCAGACACAAUGGUUCCCAGUGCUCUCAAGGCUCCCCAGACUUUGCAGCAACAAGAUUAAGGCCUAUGCGGGCGGCUCCUCCCCCACCAACAAAGCCAAGCGAAACCGGAGGAUUAGAAAGCUCACCUUGAACACCUCAUUGUCGUCGUGGUGAUGCCAGAAGCAUUUGUUUCUGCAUGAAAUAAAAUACCACCCGUAACCCUCUCCACGCGUGUGAAGUUGAGUCUAGGUGCACAGUAUUAUGGGAAAUAUAUAUGGGAUGUACACUGUGUGAGCAUGUGAUGGUGUGCAGACUAUACGUGGGGACCUAUCAAAACUACCGCUGGGACUCUAGUACGAUUCUACUCAGGAGGGCAGGAUCCUAUAAGACUUUGUCUGUAAAGAAAUAAUUAAAGGGGAAAUACUAUUUUUGCACUAAUAAGAACUUCCCUGAGAAUGUUUUUUUUUUUUGUUGUUGUUGUGUUUUUUUUUGUUCUGCUUAAACCUAAAAUCUAUUUUAAGGCCUAAAAUAUGAAAAAUAUUUACCAAAGUAAGUUGGUCGGAACAAAGUGUUUUGACUUGACAUUUGCAUCGGUUCUUAGUAAAAUCUGUUUAUUUGCAUUUUACAUGUAUUAUUAUUUCUAUAUAUUUGGAAUUAUUUAUGUUUUAUACCUCAACUACUGUUCUACUGUGCUUUAAAUCAUGGAGAGAAAAGCAUUGAUUGGUGUCCAUCUUACCCAUUUACACCAGGACUCUCAUAGAAAUGCCAUAUGAUAUAGUAUAAAUGCAUGUUCAACACUUUAUUAAAUAACAGCUUCUUUGCUACAUAGAA